AUGGUCAGGAAUCACGUUAUAGCGCAUGAGCCGACCCUAAAUCAUGAAGAGUUUGAUACUGAAGACGAGCCAGUUGAGGCUGAUGAAAGGGCGCCCUUUGUGUCCAUGCUCAACAAAGCCAAGGGAUCGAUAGAAAGUCAUCAGAUAACCCGACCUGUUCACGAGAUUGCAUCUCGCAAAAGUCCUCCGUUCUACACGCAAAGCUCAAGUGAUGCGUGCUUAAAGCUUCGUUCGGUUCUACCAGAAUAUGAUCUUUUGAUAUCUACUCUGUCUCAGAAUGGGGCCUGGUGGAGCAGCUUUCGUCAGAAGGUUCAGGUCAUCUGCCAGGGAACUUACGAAGACCUGGCCGCGUUUGCUGUACGUGUCUACACGAGCAGUGACCCUGCCAAACUUGGCAUGCUUGUUGUUGCAUAUGCACGUAGCACGGGCAAUAACCAUCAUCUAUACGGGCUCGUUGAUAAACUGGCCAUUCCAGAUUCUGCGCACUCUUACUCUGCCGAGGCAAUGGAGCUUCUUCUGUUGUUGGCUAAGGCCUACAGUGAUAUUGGUCAACCUAGACAGUCUUGGAUGAUGUAUAGGAAAGGUCUUGCUAUUUCGGAAGUUAUGGGCCUGUAUAGACGAGAAAUGGUUUCCCCUCGUCUGAAGAGUAUCUGGUGGGCAUUUUACCACGGAGAUCGCUUUUCAAGUCUUCUUCUUGGCAUUCCAUAUGGAUUCAACGACGCUCAUCUUGGUCCAACCGUGGAACCAUAUAACGCGCCUACAUACCCAGAACAGCGGUUCGUUUUGCGGUGUGCUUCCAUUGCAGGAAAGAUCAUUGACCGGAAUAUGAUGCCCGGGAAGCCAUCCUCUGCAAGUUCAAUGCUCCUUGAUGAACAAAUGGAUACCAUCGCUUCUUCUAUGCCCUUGAGCUGGUGGGAUUUACCCGACUCACUUCCAAACUGCCAUGCCGAAACGGAUGAGCUGAGAAACAUUUUGCUCUUGCAUUUUUACUUCUUUCAUGUCAGAAUUAACCUCCAUCUGCCAUUCAUCGUCGGCACAGAGAUGACAUCUGCUCGAGGCUCUCACAGACUGGCAUGUUUGGAAGCUUCUCGGCAUCUACUUAAACGGUUUACACUUUUGCGUACUGAAAUCCAGGGCUUCAGUAUCUUUGACUGUAAAACAAGCGACUUCGUCGGAUUCAUGGCUUGUGUAUCUCUGAUCCUAUGUCUGUCGCAACCUCGGUCAGACGAGAUCACCGUUUCGGUUCCAGACGAAGAUCAGAACCUGAUUGCACAAGUCAAAAGCAUAUUUGAAAGAGAAGAGAAGGCAGGAUGUAAGGUUGCUUGUCAAUGUCGAAGGAUGCUUGACAUAUUAUCCGGCAUUACCCUCGACAGUGACGAAAGCGCAUCGAGCCAACUACCAGAUAGAAUUGCGAUCCCCCACUUCGGAUAUGUCCGGCGGGAUGUAGUUCAACAGGCUGGGUUGCAAGCCACAGCAGGGGCUUUAGUGGUACGCUCCACUACGCAAAGGACGACAGCGGCCCCAGUCGUCUCAAGCGAUGGUCUGGGUGGGCUAGGAACUGGAUCUGGAAGUUGCAAUUGGUCGGAGACAGUGGAUACUGGAAUAUGUUGGGAGUUUGGUGAGCUUGAACAUUUUCAGAUUGAUGAUGAUCUGUCAUCGUGGCUGGACACCGCGAUGCUGGACGUGAAUUUAGAAUGGGACAUGCCGUUAAGUGGAUUUUUCCCUCAUAACCCGUCCCUUUAG